UAUAUUGCUGUUGAGAAACGUGUAUAAAAACUAUCAGUUGAGGAUUAGGAUACGCUGUGAUACAUUUCAAAGUCGACUACUGGACCAUGUAUAAAUUCGUUUAUGGGGCCAUGAGUUGCAGGAUGCCGGAUAAGAGAGAAAAAAUAAUCAGAGAGGAACCAGAUGCUCUGGUAUCAAUCAACGAGGUAAAAACAAUGACUGCAGAUGCUGGAAACCAGAUUCUGGAUUAGUGGUGCUGGUGAGUGAGGGACAGUCUCACGCAACAAACCCCGCCCCUCUCUCUGAUGGACAGAGUAAUCUCCACUCUCUUUAACUAUCAGCUGCUGCUGCACCGUUCAGUGUCUCAAUGGGCGAUCGCAAGGUGAUCAAUGUUUACCUCCUGGGUAUCGGCUUCAUGCUCAUCUUCACCGCCUUCACUACCUGCGGGAACAUAGAGCAAACAGUAAUAAGGAGUUUGACCAACAGCAGUUUCUCCGGCAGCGGUUACAACAGCCUUGCCAUUAUUUAUGGAGUAUUUUCAGCUUCUAAUCUCAUUGCACCAUCUGUGGUAGCAGUUGUUGGACCGAAGAUGUCAAUGGUUUUCAGUGGAGUUGUUUACAGCGGUUACGUGGUUUCAUUCAGUAAGCCAAUGACUUGGUCAUUCUAUAUUACGUCCAUCUUCAUUGGAUUUGCUGCAGCUGUGCUGUGGACUGCUCAGGGAAACUUCCUUAUCUUGAACUCUGACUGCACCACUAUCAAUAGGAAUACUGGGAUCUUCUGGGCUCUGUUACAAUCCAGCAUGUUGUUCGGAAACCUCUAUGUUUACCUCCAAUGGAGAGACAUAACAUUGAUCUCAGACCAUGACAGGAGUACUUUGUUUAUCGUAUUGUUCGUGAUCUCUCUUGUUGGGACAGUCAUCCUACUUGCGCUGAAAAACAUCAAACACUUGCACCACCACUCGGAGAUCAAUGAUCCUCUACUUCUUGAUUCUAGGCUGUUUAAGGAGAAGGCGAUGUCGACCCUGGAUCAGAUCACAUCAGAGUUCAGGUCAAUGUUGAGGUUGUUUUGUACAAAGAACAUGUUGCUACUGAGCAUGCCAAUUGCAUAUAGUGGCCUGGUGCUGACCUUUUACAGUGGGGUGUAUGGUACAUGCAUUGGAGCCACCAGACAGUUCGGGACAAUGGCCAAGGGUCUGAUUGGUCUCUCGGGGAUAUUCAUUGGCAUUGGAGAGAUUCUUGGGGGUGGGGUCUUCGGGCUGCUGUGUAUCAAUAAUCAGUUCCGACGUACCUCAGCAAUCCUUCUCGGAGUCAUUGUGCACUUUCUGGCUUUCUAUCUGAUCUUCCUUAUAAUCCCAGGUGAUGCACCAAAAGGUGGUGCAACCAGCGGUCACUAUGAGCCCUAUCUGUCUCCCAGGCAGGACAGUACCAACAACAGUUAUUGUGUUUCCAGUCCCUCUGCAGCAUUGGUAAGCAGCUUCCUCCUUGGCCUUGGUGACAGUUGCUUCAACACUCAACUCUAUAGCAUUCUUGGCAUCCUGUAUCCACAGCAAAGUGGCCCAGCCUUUGCAAUCUUCAAAUUUGUACAGUCUAUUUCUGCUGCAGUGGCUUUCGGAUACAGCAAUUAUCUGGUGCUGUCAUCACAGCUCCUUAUCCUGACCACAUUCUGUUUUAUUGGCACACUUUCCUUUUUCAUUGUGGAGAAAAUUGAAGACAAUGCUUCAGGCUUGCAAGAUUUCUGAGUGUCAUUUUUUUCUGGAUGUGGCAAGGAAUUUCCACAAAUCUGAAUGAAUUCCAGGAUCUGCUGCUUUGGAAUCUGCAGGACUUGGGAAAAUCCCUUGGAUCCAAGGAGUGGAUGAGUAUGUUAGAGUAGUUAUUCUUUGCUACUGGAGGGAGUUCAAUUUUAAUCAGUAAAUGCCUCUGGUGGUGGAGUUCAUGUACUGCAACACUUCCAGUCCUUAAUACUCUUCAGUCCUCAAUGUUGGUGCUUUCAGGUUGAACUUACAACAGGGCUUCCCAAAGUGGAGGUAACAAUGGCCACUAUGGAGAUGUGCUCCUUCUCUGACAUGCUGUCAGUUCUUACUCAGGGGUCAUGACAAUUUUCAAACCUUGAAAUUGAUCCAAGGUACAGGAUGGAGAAGUUUGGUAAGCACUGACCUGGAACGAGUGUUACAGGAGAAAUAAGCUAUCAGUCACUCAACCUGAGAGUUUCUGCAAGCACUAAAAUAAAAACUGCUGAUAUCACUGGAAAUUUCAAAUAGAUUAACAGUAUUACUUUAUACUGUAAGAUUAUUUUCAUGCCCGUGCAUCUUUCUUGUGUCUUGCAAAGACUGAUCUCAUAAAAUAGCUAUUAUUGCUGUCAAUGCAGAGAGCUUAUAAGCAAGUGCUAAUUCCUUGUAAAUCAAAAUAUAAGCAAGUUAGCAUGCCCAGUUUCAAAUACCAUCAGAUUCUGAAGUGUGUAAUAACAUCUCUGAACAGGUUGAUUCGAAAAGAUUUUAAGCACAGUAUCUGAUAAUAGCUCACAAUUAAAUAGUCAAGUUUGUUACUGUCAUUUGGUCUCUCCCAGGAAUGACAGGAGCCCCAUGUGUGCUGAUCCCCUUCAGUUAAUGGUCACUCAUUGUUUGAUGCAGGUGUAAGUCACAAAUCCACAUCAUUAUAAAGGCUAGUCAUUCAUUCUAUCUAUCUUCUGUCUCUAGGACAAGUCAGAAUGCAAACCUCACACUUAAGAUACUUGAUCUGGGCCAGUUUUAAACUUCUCAUCUUUGUUUUCAAAUCAUCCUCUUAGCACAUCUUAAAUAUCUGUAGGUGCCUACAAACUUCUGAAACUUUGCCCCUGCAGUUUUCAUAUGCAUCCUCAAUUGCUAUCAGGGAUGAAAAGGAAUGAAAUAAGAGUAGAUAUUUUUAAUCAACCUGUUUGGACAUGUUAUGACAUAUGCGUGGGCUUAAAAAUAAGUAUGUCAUUACUUUUGAGAAAAUUCUUCACUGCCCAACUCUAAAUAAUAAAUUGGAGCAAGAAAUGAUAUAAAACCAGCUUUGUUACAAUAAAUUCAAACAAGGAUGAGAACAUCUCUGGGACACCUGCAUCAACCAACCCCACUGCCCCCUGGCUCAACUC